AGCGUCACACUUCUUCCUCUUCUUAUUUCACUUAUUCCUCUUCCUCUUCUGCUGCUGCGGCUUCUUCUUCUUCUUCUUCUUCUUCUAAAUCAUAUACAGAUAUAUGUAUUUAUGGCUUUUCCUUCUACUGUUACUUAUGGCAUCCUUAUACCAACGCUUAUGUUGGAAUCAUUUCACUUACUAACCCCGCUCAAGCUUCUAACCGCGUGGCUCUUCUCGCAACUUGAUCAUCUUGUUCAUGCUGUUGAUGAGUCUUGGCAUGAGCAGGAGCAAACGCCCUGCGGUGGAUCGCCGGUGCCAAGCUCCCAGAUGAUCAAGAAGACGCUAGAAGUGAUGGAAUUCGGCCACUUCCUUCGCAUGGCCGAGGAGCAGUGCAAGCAGGAGCAGAGGGCUGCCUGUUGUGUUUGCUUGUGCAGCAUAGAGAGAAGGGACAAGGUGAGGAAAUUGCACAAUUGUAGGCAUGCCUUCCACCAGAGGUGCUUGGAUAAGUGGGUGGACCAAGGACAGCAUACCUGCCCCUUGUGUAGGUCUCCCCUCCUCCCUCUAAUGGCUGCCGAUUCUGAUGCAGAUGACCAUUAUUCGUGGUUGGUCGACCAGAUAUCUUACUUAUUCGCGGACACUCUUGUAAUGGAGAACUAAUUUUCCAUCUAACUUGAAGAUUUUAAAUUUUCCAUGUUGUAAAGCUAAACGUUGAAGUAGGAUUAUUAGAGUAGGAGUAAUAUGUGAGCAUUGUCGACCAUUUCCAUGAAGAUGGAAAACAGUGGGCUGCGUCACUCCUAAACAAAAAAAAAAAAAAACUCCAUUAUAAUCGUGUCUGGUAGGUAGAGUUUCAUGGAGUCUUCUAUCUCAAUUCUCUUCUUGGUGCUUUAGAGAAAGUUGUAAAGACUAAAGAGCACUCCUUCAUAUGUACAGACGAUGAAAUAUGUAAUUGAUCAU